AGAACUUAGCUGGUUAUUAUUUAAAAUUUCUGUAAAUAUGAAAAGGAUAUUUUUUUUGGUGAAAAAUUAAUACUAUAGGUAGUACGAAACAAGUCCUUAUGAAAAUUCGUUUAAGAAAAUACGUACUUAUGUAGAAAAAAGGAGUGCUCAUUAUGCCCUGGGUGCUCGUUAUGCCCUCAUCUCCCCUAAAUAUCAAUUAAUUACUACGGGGAGGUAGUGUUUGAACAAUAAAUCGCCGAAAUGUAGAAUUCUAUUCUCGUUAUUUGAUGACAUCGCAACGAUUCACAAAGCCGGUACUUGAAGUACCAACAGCUCGACGAAUUGGUCGUUUAACUUAAAGAUGACACCUUAGCGCUCUGUGACGUUUUGGAUUAAUAAACGACCCGGACGCGUUUCAACGAGUGAUUAAUCAUGCCUUGGUAUAAUAGGGUGGUCAAGAACAAAUGUUUCAGUUUAUAGUAUUUUUCCAAUAUUCAUGAUUGUAAACGAGUCAAAACUGACAAAUUGUUAAAGGAGACUGGACAAAAAUGAUUGAAGCUUGGAUAUCGGAUUAACGUGACUGUGCAAUAAAAAGUUCGAAAUGUCCCGUCGAUGAGACAAGAAAAAAAAUGGUGUUGUGCCAAAAAAAUAUACCGUGGAAGUUUACUCGAGUUUCUGAACAACCAGGAAAUUGAAUCGUUAGUUUUUGUUGUAUUUUCUGUUGGAAAGCUCAUAAGACUUACACAUUUAAUCUGCUAUUAGUUUUUUUUUUCUUUUAAGGUAGAUUUUCUUGGUUUUGAUUCAAACACUGUUUUUUAUCUCAUCUAGAUACACUAAGGUUGAAAGACGUGUCUAAAACCGGGUAAAUCCGGAAAAUUUAAUCUAAAAACCUGUCAAACUCUGGGCAUUCGAUUUCAAAAUAUUCAACCCAAAAUCCGGGCCAAUAUCCGGGGAAAGUUGGUCAAACUGCAUUUUUAAGUAAAAACAAAAAAGAGAACACUUUCAUUACUUUCAUGAUAAAAAAAAAAAUGCUUUAAAAGUGUAGGAAGUCAAUUUGAGUUUAUUUGUUAAAUUUCGUUAAUAAAGUGAAUAAAUCCCAUCCGGCCAAAAUCCGGACUUUUUUCAACGAAAUCCGGGCAAUCAGGUCGAACCGAACAUUUCUUAAAUAAUGUGUCUAAUAUUCGGGCAAUCUGGCAAGCUCAAUCUGCACUUAGGAAAGUUACAUAAUUUUUGUACAAUUGAUUUUCAUAUAGAUUUUCACCUACAUAGAAGUCACCUACAAAUUACAUUAUAUUUUAGUGAAUUAACUUUAUGUUUAUAAUAUUUUGGUACAAUCACUUGGUUGACAUAAAAAAUGCCUUUCCGCACAAAAAAUUAGUCACCGUAGUUUUGGGUGUACUCGCGCUACACCAAAUUUACCUCCUAAUCACUCUUAACCACAAACCAGAAAUGGUCAAAAUUGAAAAAAUUGGCAAAAUUAUCAAAAUAAUAGAAAGUGUCAAAAUUUUACACAUUGUCAAAAUCGCCAGAAUUGAAGAAAAUGUCAAAUUCAAAAUGGUCUAAAUUGCUAAAGUUAUGAAUAUUUGACAAUUUGGAUAAAAAUUGCAAAAAUUGUCCAAACUGAAAAAAACUGUAAAAAAUUGUGGAAAUCUGACAAAAAUUCAAAUUUGUCAAACUGUUCAAAUUGAAAAUUGAAAAUUAUCAAAGUUGUCAAAAUUGUUUCAAUUAACAAAACUGCCAAAAGUUUGAAAAAUGCUAAAAAAGAUUUAAAAAAUUUUGUCCUAAUUUGUCAAAAGUGGAAAACAUGCCGACAUUUUUUAAGUUUUCAAAAUUUGUAAAACUGUCAAAAUAACAAAACAAUUGAAUAUGGUAUAAAUGUCGAAAUUGUCAAUAUAGUUCAUAUUGCCAUAAUUAUCAAAGUUAUCAAAAUGAUUAAAAUUAUCAAAGUUUUCCAAAAAAGAAACGAAAAAGUCACUUUUUCGUUACUAACUUCCAUACAAACUUUGAAUUUUUUGAAUGCUACAGCCCAUUUUAAAUUCUAGAGUCACAAAAAUGUGCACAGUUGUUGAUGGGCCCAAAAGGAACCCAAACCUGCUGAAUACUUUUAUUGGUCCCAUUCUGACCAGUCUACUGUCCACUUUUGAUUCCGCUUCUCCCCCUUUUCACUAGUGCUGGUCCCAUAACCUGUUGAUGGAAUCACUUUGGGCAGUAAAAAGAAAGGAGAUACCUUCUUUUACGAUGGUAGAAUUCGGAUCCACAUUGUUUAUACACUAACUCUAAACUAUUCCCACGGUUACAUAUUAUAAACUGUUUAUUCCUGAUAAAAACCACCAUGCGUGUGUUGUUAUUCUUCUCAUCGAUUGCUUCGAUUUAUAAAACUGUGAACAUUUUCUUACUUGGCAAAAUCAUCAAAACUAUUAAAUAAAAAUGUCAAAAUUGUCAAUAUUUGUAGGUAAGUAAAAUUUCCAAACAUUUCUAAAUUUUUAAAAUUGUCAAAAUUAAAAAAAAAUUCAAUUUUGUAGAAAUUCUCAAAGUUUUCAAAACUAUCAAAUUUAUUAGAAAUUCAUUUAUUAGUCGUUUUGGUCAGUUUAUUUUGAACUCGGUAAACCUUGUCAUUAAAAUUUCAACUGAGUUUUUUUUUUCAAUUAUUUUAGCAACCACCCUAGCGAGAUACAUAACCCAAUUAAAGUUAAAUAACCGUUAAAUUUAGGUGUUAGAUCGAAACAUUUUGUAAUAAGCAUUAGAAUUUCUCUCUUUUUUGCAGAACAUUUUUUGGUUUCUAUUGAAACAUCAAAGUGUUUAGCCCGAAACCCUUUAACCGUCUUAAUCGUAACUGUUCACUACUCCGAAAGUUUUGAUUCAAGCCGGUCCAGUAGUUGGAUUGCAGCUUUGAUAGGCAUAUCUAAAAAGCAAUAAUAUGGAUAUUUCACUCAUUAAUCAGCGACGGUACGCCGUCAAUCGUCGGGAAAGUUUACAAAUAAUCUUACAAGGCAUUUCUUACUUGGGUCAGUCUUUGAAUCCAUAGCCAGAGUAAUUAAUCAGAUUGUAUUGUGGUUGAGCUAGCUUUUUUUAAGGAAGAAACUGUGAUGAUUUCGAUGCUAAUAAUCAUUAAAGCGAUAACAAUCUGUCUUACCCUGGCACUGCUUGGAAUUUCAGCGGAAAAUCCCAUCCAGGAGUGGUGUGCAGCAAUGGGAAAUUCCAAUGCAGCGAUUCAUUUUCAACGCCUCAAUGAAUCGAAUGCUGGAACUAAGAUGGUAAAAUGCAUCGUCAAUAGCACAAACGAGGAGUUUCACCAAAAGAACCUCACGACGGAAAUGAAGAUGGCGGUGUUGAAUAAGUAUUGUACCGAAUUGAAAGGAAUUUUUCAGAAGUGUACCGAUGAUUUGCUGAUAUUCUUUGCAACCUGCAUCGAUGAAAACAACCUAGAAAAGGCAAAAACCUGCGUCACGGAAUCAAUUUCGAAUGUUCUCGAUAUGAUCUGUCAGAAUCGAGUUGAAAAAUUUGUCGAAUUUUUACCACCGAGACAUCCUGAAUGUAGGACACCAUUUUACAAUAUGCUGGUACAGUGUCCACGAAAUAUUAUCGGUAAUGACAAGCACGUUUCCCUGUUGGAUCUUAACUGUUCCCAAAUCCAAGCCCUCAAGAAAUGUUUCCGAGAGAGCCUAGCACCUUGCAAACAGCUGGAGACAUCUCUAGCACACUCUUUCAGCGAUGCCUUGCUCGCACCACUCGUGCGCGCCAGGCAGUGUCAGUAAAGUUGAUGAAGUUCAGCUCGAUCCGGUUUGAAGGACCAAAUGAAAAAAACACACCCCAGGCGCACGAAUCUAACUUCAAUGCUUCUUUACGCUGAAACUACGUUAUUCUUAAUCUAUGAAAUAAAGUGGCAUGGUUACUUACAUCCUUCGGGAAGGUUCUUCAUGUUUUCAGCAUGGCGUAAUCGAUACUCAGGUCCCUGGAUGGUACACUAGCGCCAUUGCAUCAAUCUAAAGACCAAGGUUGGUUCGACAAUCAAAGUUGACGACAAAUAGAGUUGAAUCUGGUAACAACACUUUACACAAAGACACACAAGUUGUAGAUCUUCACCAAGUAACGAUUCACAUGUCUAGAUUUCAAUACAGAAUCAUUUUGCACUUCUGAAAUGACCUUUCACCGAGGACGGUUUGACAAUCUACAUCCUCACUUAGUUCUUCUUUUGAGUAAGUUUUGAAAUCUUCAGUUCUUAUUUCUUCUGUCUAAGGUGUUCAAGAAUGUCUUAACGAUGACCAAUAGGGUCGUGGAAAGUUAUUCACCGGUUUUCGUGGUACUCAGACUAGUUUAGCCAAUUCCAGCAACCAGUCAGGCAGUACAUAUUCACAACUGAAUGUCUUGUAUUUUAUAAAUCUGUUUCGCUCCAAGCAUUUCAUAUCCAGUAGCGUUGCUUCAAAAUUCACAAUGAGAUAAACAUCCACUCAACAUCUCCGUCGUAUUUUGUCGUAUUUUGAUAAGAACCGAAAUUUCCGUUUACUGGGCAGGAUUUCUGCUAAGAAAUGUUUUUUUUUCGGAUGAGUAUCAGUGCUUCAUUUUAUAACUUGGUUGUUCUUUUUUUAUCCUAGAAAGCAAAAAGAGAGAAAAGGAAGUGAUUUUAGAGUUUUAUGAAAAAAAUCCAUUCGAUGCUAUUUGUAUUAAGACUCAAAUUAAGAAAUGCUUUAUUUAUUUGCAACAAAACUAGUUCUAUAUAAAAUUACCACUUCUUCU